GUGAAAAAUGUUAAACCACUUUAAUGUUAAAUGCGAAACUUUCUAUUAAUCGAGUAAACAAAAUGGCAGCCUCCUUGAAGCGAAUAACCCAAGCAUUAGCUUUUAAAAUAAACUACUCCUUAAAUGCACAAACAUGGAGCAGACAUUUUGUAGCAACUCACAGACUUUGUAAUGAAGAAAGUGUAAAUGACAAUGAGGAACCUAAAAAAAAAGAAUCCACUAAAAUAGCCCGGCCCAUCAUUGAUGUGGAGACUAGCAUUAAAUAUGUGAACAGUGAAGCUUUUGUUAAAGGUUAUGGAGAUAAGCCUGUGUGGUUUCAUUACAGGAGAAAUCAUAAAGGUCAAAUUCCCCCAAGAACCAGAAAGAAUUGCAUUAGAAAUGGUCACAUAGACACAGCAAGUCCCUGUCCUAUUUGUCGAGAUGAAUAUCUUGUAUUAGAUUCCAAAAACUCUAAGCUGCUGGAGCAGUUCAUAUCACCUUACACAGGAGAAAUUUUGGAUUCCCGGCAAACUGGCUUGUGUCAAAAACAGCAUAAAAAAUUGUUGGUUGAAAUAUUGAAGGCUUGGGAUCGAGGUGAAGUUGAAGCAACUAUUCCCUUCCGUACAUAUAACUAUGAUGAUUACAAGAGCUGAAACAUUUAUUAAAAUUUUAUUUACAAUUAAAUCUGUGUACUAUAAAUCAAAUAAUUAAUAAAAUAUAAAACAAAAGCUAAAUUGAUUAACAGUUGCAUUUGUUUUUAAUCAACUAUUUAAAAAUGUGAUGAUAUUGUGAUAUUUGACACUGCCAUGAUUUUUACAUAUAAAUUUUAACUUUUCAUGUGCAAACUCACAACA